AUGUAUAACUUGGAGAAAACACAAACCGGUAGUAUAUUAAGCAUAAAAUGGUCCUCUGAUGGUACACAAAUAGCCUGUGCUGGUGGAAAUGGUCGAAUAAUUAAUGGACAGAUUAUAAAUAGACGAAGUGAAUGGAAUGGUUAUGAGGCGUGUGUAACAGAUGAGAAAACAAUUGUCGUAAAUAAUCUACACAAUGAAUCCAUUGAACGAUUGGAAUUUCGUGAUCGUGUAUCAAAAAUGUCAUUCGGUUAUAAUUAUUUCAUUGUAGUUACAGUUACACAAUGUUAUGUUUACAAUAUAAAGAAUUUCAAUACACCUGCAAUUAUGGAUCUCAAAGAGUGCAAUGUGACCUGUAUUGCCCAAUGUCAAAAAUACUUUGCAUUGGCUGAUGGAUCCAGUGUCUAUGUGUAUAAUUAUGAUUUACGCCUUAUCUGUUCACCGAAACAUGCUAAUCUGCAUACAGAUCAGCUAUACAGUGAUUCUCUAACAAUCAGUAAUGAUGCUAUUGCAAUUAAAGAUAAAUUAGAUGAAAAAGUUAUUUAUCUAUUCGACACAUCAAGUGGAAAAGCGUUAGGCGAUGGGAAACCAAUUGUACAUUCGAACGAAAUCCUUAAAAUCAGUUUAAAUCAGCUGGGUAAUUCAUUUGAUCGUCGAUUGGCUGUACUGGACAAGAAUAAAGAUCUUUAUCAAAUGUCUAUUAGAACACUUGGUAAUCAAAGAAAGAUCAUAAAAUUAGGUACAAUUGUUACUUCAUUUGUAUGGGCUGAAACAUCGAAUGUGUUGGCAGCGAUAACAAAUGAUAAACUAGUUGUCUGGUUUUAUCCUGACAUCGCUUCAACAGACAGUGAUAUAUUCAAUUUAACACAAGAAGAACAUAAUAUCAGUGAUGAUUAUGGAAAACAGGCUGAACUGAUCAACUUUUAUCGUGAUCGAAUUAUGAUAAGACGUGCUGAUGGAACUAUUGUCUACUGUCCAGUGUCGAUUUAUCCUGAUAAACUGCAUCAAUUAAUUGGACAAAAUAAAUGGAAUGAAGCGUUGAGUUUAUGUUGGACAGUUAAGGAGAAAAUGCUAUGGGCAUGUUUAGCAGGAUUGGCGACAAAUGCUAAAUCUCUAGAUGUAGCUGAGAUCGCUUUUGCUCAAAUUGAAGAAAUCGAUAAAGUGGAAUAUAUAAGAUAUAUCAAAAGUUUGCCUACACCAGAAAUGAGAAAUGCUGAAAUGUUAUUGCUGUCAGGUGAAUAUCAAGAAGCUGAAGGUGUUUUGCUACAGAAUCGUUUAUAUUUUCGAGCCAUUAUGCUUAAUUUGCAUGCAUUUAAGUGGAACAGAGCACUUGAAUUGGCUAUCAAACAUGAUAUGGCUAUCGAUAUUGUUUUAUCAAUGCGACACGCCUAUUUGAAACAGCUCAAACGAUCUGAAGUAUUGAAUACAUUCAGCUCACAACCGAAACAAGUCAUGCUAGACGAAUUAAAAUUAAAAGAAAGAAUUGACGAAGAAUAUUCAAGGGAGAUGAAACAAGUUCAAGAAUUAACCAGUGUACAAUCCAUGAAUUCUUCGAGAGCAUAA